AUGGGCAGGUGGGCAGCGCUGAGCAGCUCGCUGCAACGGAAGCGGGUCUUCAAACCUGAGCAGCUCGAGGAAGGAAACUUGAGGAGAUGUCUAUCAGUAUGGGACCUCACGGCGCUUGGCGUGGGAAGCACGCUGGGCGUGGGAGUGUAUGUUUUAGUGGGAUCCGUGGCCAUGAAUUUUGCUGGACCAGCCGUGGUACUGUCGUUCCUCAUAGCAGCCAUCGCUUCCCUAUUUGCAGGCAUGUGUUACGCGGAGUUCGGAUCGAGAGUCCCAAGGGCGGGUUCAGCGUACAUCUACACAUACGUGACUAUGGGAGAGCUGGUGGCCUUUAUAAUCGGAUGGAAUAUGAUACUUGAAGCGAUGUUCGGUACAGCGAGUGUGGCCCGCGGUCUCAGCAUGUACCUAGAUUCGAUGCUCAACAAGACAAUGUCGGAAGCUUUUCUCUCUGUUGCGCCAAUAUCAGUUCGACCGUUUUCGUCGUUCUUCGACUUCUUUGCGUUUGCUGUGGUGCUUGUGUUGGGAGUGUUGUUGGCGGUCGGUGCGCGCGAGUCGGCGACAGUGAAUAACGUGUUUGCAAUUGUCAACAUGAUAGUGAUUGUGUUCGUCGUGGUCGCCGGUUCUAUCAAUGCAAAUCCUGCCAAUUGGCGAAUACCAGCCACGGACGUGCCGGCUGACUUUGGCAAGGGCGGUUUCUUUCCCUACGGCAUUUGGGGGGUGUUGAGGGGGGCCGCUGUGUGCUUUUACGGUUUCGUUGGGUUUGACACGAUCAGCGCAACGGGAGAAGAGGUGAAAGACCCGAGGCGAGUCAUACCAAUAUCGAUCCUGGCUGUUUUGGUGAUUGUCUUCGUGGUGUAUGCCAGUGUAUCUACAGUCAUCACCAUGAUGGUGCCCUACUACAUGCAGGACGUCACGGCAGCCAUUGCGCAUGCGUUCAGCUAUGUUGGAUGGGAGUGGGCGCGCUGGGUGGUCUCCGUUGGGGCUGUCUUCGGUAUAUCUGCCAGUCUCUUCGGAGCCAUGUUUCCUCUGCCGCGGCUGUUAUAUGCGAUGUCAGUUGAUGGUCUGCUUCUCCACUGGCUGGGGAAAGUCACCACCAGAAACAAGAUACCGAUCGUCGCCACCAUUAUUCCAGCUUUUAUUAUAGCAACAUUAGCUGGUGUUCUAGAACUCCAGGAGCUGGUGAUGAUGAUGUGCGUGGGGACACUUCUGUCCUAUACCAUCGUUGCAACCUGCGUGAUAUUGCUUAGAUAUAGAUCAGAUUGCGUGUCAUCUUCUGGAUACAACUUCAUAAGGAGAGUCUUCUGUUGUGGUGAGAAGCAUCCCACGAUAACGACCUCUUAUGUCGUUAAAAUAACGUUAAUUAUAUUUAUAUGUGUUUGUCUAUCAAUAGCAUUGAUAGUGACACACGUCGAGAGACCGAUGAUACCCACAGUUGUGUUACACGCAGUAGGGCUAACUUUGAUCGUCGUUAUGACGCUGCAACCGCAAAAUAGAGAGGAGUUGUCUUUUAAGACCCCGCUGGUGCCUCUCAUUCCGUGUCUCAGCAUCUAUGUGAACAUCCAUUUAAUGAUCCUCAUCAGCGCACAGACCUGGCUCCGGGUCCUCGUUUGGAUGGCUAUUGGGAUACCGGUGUACAUAGUUUGUGUUUGUUGCUAUAAAUCAAAAUGCGAAGACAACAAGGACUUUACACCUUCGCAUCAUAGUAAUAAGAAUGGAAGUCGCGUGCAAAUAUUUGUUGAAUCACCAACACCCCCCGAGAGCAUAAAGAGUAACAAUACAGAUGCUGAACAAAUCACACAAGAAGAAAAACGAAAUACACUUGUCAUACGAGAGAGUGAAAGAAGAGCUUUACCUUGUAUCACAGAAGAAAUAGUCGUACAGCAAGCAGCAGUCGUUGAAGACAGUUCUGAAAAGGAAGCUAAGAUAAUUGAUUUGUUAGAUCAAGUUAUCCAAGCUGAAGAAGAUUCCUAUGGAGAAAUAAUAAGUUUGAAAGAACAGCCCGAAGAAAAGAAAACGUCAGUGGCUCAGGUAACAACUGAGAGGACUCAACGGAAGUCAUUGAGUGAUGUAUCCGACGCGGGUUCGGAUGCGUCAAUGGGUAACCAAAUGUUAUCGAAGUAUGAUGUUAUUGCUCAAGUACAUAGAGAAGAUUUACCGAGACUCGAAGAGGAAGACGAAAAAUUGGAAUAUAGUUUAUCCAAUAAGGAAGAUGAGAAGAUAGUAGAUGGAAUAGAGGGUGAGAAUAACAAUUACCUAGAUGAAAGUGAUAACAAUUCUAGAACCGAUGAAUCUGGGUAUUCCGAUACGUUGGAUAAGACACCACUGAACGAACUCCCUGAUGAUAAAGAAAUAGUUAAUAUUCCCGUACCGCCGCCACUAGAUGAAAAUUUCUUUGCGAGUCCUACCUUCAAAAAAGCUUACACAAUAUCAGUACGACCCACAAAAGUGAGAUCACCCGAGCCGGACGAAAAACCGCGAGAGAGCGUACAGUCCAACGGUUCAGUCGACGACGAACCCAUGACAUUUGGCAGUGAUAAGCAAAUACACUUCAUGUCCAAAUUAGAUACGAUUUUUAAAAACAAAAUAUCAGAAAGUGGUGAGAAUGGAGAAGAGAAGCGAACAAGAUCGAACUCAGCGGGAAACCUCACUGAAAAUACAGAGUUAUCCUCACUGAACCGUGAAAGGCCUAAGCUUUUCCUGGACUUGAAGAAGGAACUUCAAACAAGAGAGAAAACGCAAAUUUUAAAACCCGUCAAGGCGGAAGAACCCACGGAAAUUAAUGAAGAAGAAGAUCAAAGUCUAAGCAAGGCAGAUCUUAAAUCGAAGUUGGAAAACAUAUUUGCUUUGGGCGGCCCCAAGCCCAUGAAGGCAAGAUUGAUGAAGUCAAAUCCGCCCACGCCCGAAGAAGCAUACCAAACUGAUACUUCUAGCACAGAAAGCAUACAAAAACUGCCAAAAAUGGAAAAGAACGACACAUUGAAACGACAGAAGGACAAAUUCGGGGAAGUACUGAAUUCUCUACGAUUGUCCUUGAAGGAUGACCAAGUUUAA